GCCAGUCUCUGCGACGAGUGUCUGUACGCGCUGCCAUAGUUGACUAGGCUGCUCCGGUUGCCUGAGCCCUGCGCCUUCUCCGCAUACAUGACCUACAGCCCGCCACAGCAAGCCGAGCACGUCCGCCAUCAGCAAUUGACGCCCGAGUCGCCGCGCCCGCAGCAGGUGCCGUCGCCUGCGAACAUCCCCAUCCUGAGCCUUGACAAGCAGAUGGACCCGGCCUUUGACGAGUCUGCCUACGCCGCCCUGCAUGCCUCGCCAGCGCCGCAGUAUCCCUCGGCCGCGUCGCACACGCUGAGCAUCCCGUCGAACAGCGCGCCGCACUUGGCCGACCACGCGCGCGGCUUCCACGAUGUAGGCGCGCAGGCCGCUGGGAGCUAUGCGCCGGGCGCGCCUUCGGCAUUCGGCGCAUCGGGUACGCAGACGCAAGAUACCUCUACAAUCCAGAACUAUUCUGCACCGCACCACUCAGGCGCCUCGUCCGCCCAUGACGCCCAAGCUGCCCCUCAGAUCCACGCUGCGUACCCUCUUGCCCAUAAUAAUGCGUACGCCCAGCCCGCCUAUGCCCAGUCUGCCCCAGGCGCGCACUAUCAGACUGACGCCGCUGCGGCCGGCCAUGUUGACGUACAAGCCUUGUUGGACUCUUUGACGCCUUCUGCAAACAAUGCGCCCCCCGGCCUCUAUGCCUCCCAAUUGUCUCCGUCUGCCCAGCCGCAAGGCAGCGCCUCCGCCUCAUUACCCCAGCCGGCGUCCAACCUGCCUCCGCGGCCGCCUGCGCAGGACAAGCCUGCCACACAUCCCAACUAUGACCCCAGCGAUGAUAUCCGGUCCUAUCAUCCCGGCAGCCAGAUGCCGCCUAAUACGCAGCAGCGCGCCAACGGUCAGUCGCAGCCUCCGUCCGUGGGGGGCCAGCAGCCGCCGCCAAUGGCCGCCCAGAGCUCACCUGCGCCGGGCGCUGGCCAGACGCAGCCCCAGCGGAGCUCAUCGCCGGGAGAUGACGAGGAUAUACGAUGGGGGCCCGAGGUGAACAGGCUAUACGAGGCUUUUCUUGAUCAAGAGAGGAAGUUUGUUACUGAAGGGCAAUGGGACCAGUUUCCAAUGGGUUCGCGACUGUUCAUCGGCAAUCUGCCCACCGAGAAAGUCACGAAACGCGACAUCUUCCACCGAUUCUACCGACACGGCAAGCUGGCCCAGAUCUCGAUCAAACAAGCAUACGGAUUCGUUCAGUUCUUGGAUUCCGAAUCAUGUCGACGAGCGCUGGACACGGAACAAGGGCAGGCUGUGCGUGGUAGGAAAAUGCACCUGGAAAUAUCCAAACCGCAACGCAACACAAAGAAGGCUGAUUCAGCCGCCAACGCUAGACCCCGUCAACGUUCAAGGUCUCCCGAUUACAACAGAGGCGGCACUGGACCUUCACGGGAUGGAAGAUACGGAGGACCGCAGAACUCCAUCUCGCCGAGAGACCGCGAUAGGCGUUUCCGCGACCGAGACGAUUACCGGCCCAUGCGCUCACCCUCACCUCGUGGCCCGCCGCGAGGCAUGCGAUCAAGAGACAGGAGCCGCGACAGAUAUGAUGGUCGGUACCGCAGUCGAUCACGAACGCCACCUCGUCGGUACAGGAGUCCGUCACCAAGACGUGACCCUGAUGACGACUUGGCUCUGCCUCGUAGGGCAGCACAAGACGUUCCUGAUAUUCAGGUUCUGGUACUCAACGAAGGACUUCCUCGUGACUUCAUUCGAUACGUUGAGGAUACAUUCCGCACCCAGAAUUUGCGCUGCAACGUCCUGAUAAUGAGCCCGCGUCUACCGGAGGCAGCAGUCGUGCGAAGACAAAUUAUCGAGGGGGUCCUGGCUAUUGUAAGGCUCGACACAGGAUCGCUUUCUAAGGGAAAGGUCAAUGUACAAGUCUUUGAUCGACGUGGUGGGGCUGGAAAUGUUCAGUUCAAUGAAUAUGCCGAUCUCGACCUCAUCACAUGUGCGAUGCUCAUCAACAACGCAAAGCAGACAGCCCAAGCAGCGCAACCGCCUGCUCCCGCCUACGGCUACAACCCGGCCAUCCCGCAGUACGCCCAACCUGCUUCCAACCCCUUCCCGGCUGCACCAGCCGCCCAGCCCAACAUCUCCAACAUCAUCUCCUCGCUCGACCCCAGCACGCUCUCCCAGCUGCUCGGCGCCAUGUCGCAGCAGCACAACGCGCCUCAGAACACCGCGCCCACCACACCUGGCCUCAACGCCGACUUCGCCCGCCUCCUCGCCCAGGUCUCCAGCCCCAGCCAGACCCCCGGCUUCAGCCCCGCCGCCCAGCCCCAGCUCGGCCAGCCGCAGUACUCCGCGCUCGCCGCCAUGCUCGGAGGCCAGUCACAGCCCGCCGCCCCGCCUGUCCAGCCCCCAGCUCAGCAGUCCAGCGCGGCGCCCGAUAUGAGCGAGAUCAUGGCGCAGUUGGCCAAGUACCAGCGCUGAUGCCGCGUUCCUGUCUUGCAUGUUGAUUGACGCGUGCAGGAUCGAGGGCGUGGCGGUCAUGCCGUUCUGCGAUCUGCCUGGGGGCACGUUCGUGCUGGUCAAGAUUCCAAAGCCGCUGGCUGCGCGCGAGCCUGGCGGUGCGUCUGCGCUCGUUUGAUGCGAGGCGUGCUCGCGUGUCGCCCCGCAGCUCUUCGUUGCGCAUCGUCCUCCCCCUUCGUCUGUCAGCCCACU